AUGACAAUAUUGUUAAUAGUUUUGGCCGGACUCGCAGACUUUUACCCCUGAGCGAUGGAAAACAGGAUCCGACCCCUUGGUCUGACCGAUCACACCUCCAGCUCGCUCGGUAGCUUGCAGGUGCCGCCUUCGCUUUUGCGCCCUCCGCCUCUCUUUCUCCGGGCUUGCAACCCCGCGCUGGAGAGGGGAUAUCCCCGGACCCCAAAGUGUGCCAGAUGCAGGAACCACGGCGUGGUCUCUGCGCUGAAAGGCCACAAGCGCUUUUGUCGCUGGAGAGAUUGCGUGUGCGCAAAGUGCACACUGAUAGCGGAGAGGCAGCGGGUGAUGGCCGCACAGGUGGCACUGAGGAGGCAGCAGGCUCAGGAAGAGAGCGAGGCCCGGGAUCUUCGGCUCCUAUACCCCUGCGCCGGGAUCGGAGGGGAAGCAGGGAUUCCUCAGGGAUCACCCAUAAGCGCCGCGGUGCCCGCAAAUACCAGCAACACUUUAGCAGCUCCCUGUUUUGAUGUUUUUGGAACAGAGAAGCAGAAAGAUGAUGACAAAUUAAGCAAGUACAACUUUUACAACGGAUUCAUGGGUCGACCCCUGUUUGCACCCCAGUCCCCUCGGCUGCCCUCUCCAAGCGACAAGAAAGAGUUGUCUCCCAGCAAGGACAACGGUGAAAGUCAAUCCCCGGCGACAGAUCACCGCUCAGACCACACGGAGAGCCCGCAGAGGUCGCUUCCCUCCUCGGAUCCAGAGUCGGGGAGCGAGUCGGAGAAGCCCAAGGAGUAUCCGAGCCCGGACCGUGACCCUACCGACAUCAUGGCUAAGAUCUUCCCCCAUCAGAAACGGGACACCUUGGAGACUAUGGUGAGAACGUGCAAAGGUGACAUUGUCAAAUCCAUUGAGCUGGUGCUGAACUCCAAAGAAAACAAAAUUGACCAUAACAGUGCACACAGGCCUUCCGCGGGACUGCUCGGAGGUCUCGGUGCUUUGGGGAGCAAGUCUGCCUUCUCCCCGCUGCACAUACCCCCGACCCCGGGGGGAGACACCCUGUACGGCCUCAGCCCUCGCCUGGGCGUGAGCCCCCUGCGGCUGGGCUAUCCCUCUACUAACGGCGGCAUGGCAGGCUUUAUGUCUCCAUACAUGACAUCAGGACUGAUGCCCGUGUUUCCGCUGCGUCCACCCUUGGACUCAUAUUCCCUCCCCGGCAUGAUCCGAGACUUGUCCUACAUUCAAAGCAAGGAGUCCCUGUGCAGUGCAAGCCUUUAUACACGACUUAACAGCGAAAAAUGACCAAAUAAAAAUGGACUUGUGAAAAAAAAAAGUUAACUGUAGCUUUUAAAUAACCGCUUUUCAAGUGCCUCGAA